AUGAUCCAAUCAUAUCGCGCGCAUGCCACUGCGACAUAUUCGGGAAAUGCUGAGGCCAUGUCUACCAUGGUCCUCACUAUCAUGGAGCUUUGGGUUGAGUGCGACAAAUACACCACCAAACACUACCCCUUGCUCCUCGGCUACACCACCGGCUUUACUUCUGGAGUAUUCGAUUCACUCGUUCUUACCAAGCGAGAGCAGCUUCUUCGCCUGCACUCUGUGGAGUCCUACCUGGAGAGUCGAGCAUUGCGUGCUGUGGAUGGCUACCCAUGGCUUCUUUCGGGGAAAUCGCUCGCUGCGAAGUAUUACACCUACUCGCACUUCCUUCAGCAUCUCCACGAGAAGAUCUUAUACGAGGCGGACCAGGCCAAGAAGGAAAAGAAAGCCACGAUACAUCAAAACAAGGAAAAGUACAACGACUAUCGCUUUCGGUUUGUAUCGACAGAUAUCCACAACAACGCCACUAUUGAUAUCCACACUGCGAAUCCGGAGAAUAUCCUUACCACGCAUAGCCGGCAAUACGACCUCUACAAGUGCACCUCCAGCGUCGCCUCUUCGUCAAACACAGUACCAGAGCCGCGUUCAGAUCAUGCAUACCCCCCGCUAACCCUGCGUGAGCCGCUCCGGAGCUGGAUUGUUGGGAGCGCACAUUUCUCCAACGAAGUCAUUGCAAAAGUAUCCGAACGCCCCCUGAAUAUGUCUAGCGAAGAGUUCAAGGCAUUCGGCAAUCUGAGAGCGGGGCACCAUCUCCAAUGGUACAACAUCUUACAACAGCUAUUGGUACCAACUCUUGAUUUCAACAAGCCUGAGACAUUCUUCCUUAUCCUGCAGGCUGCCAACGAAGCUGGUCCAAAGUCCGACGCGGAACCUCUGCGCGAAACACAUUUCGUUUUAGAGGACGUUGAGUUUGGGCAGACACUACUCAUUGGACUGUGGGACGCACUGCGGCGAGUGUGGGAUAACUGGGAAAACGAUAUUGCUUGUUCCAUUCUUGCUAGUAUCGCGACACGCAUUUUAUCUCUCGCUUGCGAUCGCAAUGUGCACAAGCAGUGCUUGAUGUAUCUCAAGGAGAUCCGGGAUCGGUCCAUCGAAUGGUGUCGAACUCUCCGCGCGAAACUGAAGGAAACCUGCGCAAGAAACGAAAGAGCCAAUAUGGGCAGACGAAUUCUCAUAAUUGCCUUGCUGUGUCAUGGAACUUUCGAAGUCGGCGCAUCACAUCUUCCGUCAAUACUGUCGUGCAACUCCGAAGCUUCUAUAAUGAUUGAAUCAUCCAUGAUCAUAGCUGAACAUCUCGCUCAUGGCGGAGAUGCACAAGCGUGUAACUUCAAUUGCUUCUUAAAGAUUCUCAUCUACCGGUGGCGCCAUGCCUCGUACAAAGCCGAGCCACUGCUUCGAGACUCUAUCACCAACAACCCAGCAAAUUGCCUUGAUAUUGUGAUAAAUAAAACCUUCCCUGCACAUGAGGGCGCCAGCAUCUCAUGGACCUGUAGACCAGGGCAGCAUCAACACGUGUUGGUGGCGAAUACGGAGGCCUCCGAACGUCGCUUGUCACUGCAUCUUCAGUACAACGUAUUGACUAGUGUUUUUCUGGUCAACGGGCAAACCCCCUCUGGCUUGCCACCCGAAUACAUAGCGCACUCGACUUACCAACGGCUCUUUGGGGACCAGCUAUUCCAAGCUGCACCUAGCAGCCAAUCGCGAAUGUCAUUUCAAUGCACCCACAGCGAAGCUGGAUAUGAGAUUCAUUUGGGCUUGGUCAGUGGCGAGCUCAUUGUACGGAUGAGAGAUACAAAGAUCUCGGGGAACAGAUAUCAUGAGCUGAUUCCACCAUCAAAGCUGCAAGGACACAUACCAAAUUUACUAGUGUCGGAGUACACUCAUUGGUAUGUCGUCGGUGAGAGUUUGAUUGAGUUUCGCCUUCCCAGAGAUAUCUGGUCCCCAUUUGAUAAGGAUCGUGGCAUUGCCUUUCAUAUCGAUGAACAAGGCUCUGUAUACUUGAUUAAGGGUAGCUCCAAGGCUAUGGUCGGGCUUGAGUCGCAGACUGCAAGAGCCCUCUCUGCAAUAUUCCGACCCAUAGAGCGUCCUGAAUACAUCCACUUGACGUACGAUAGACCAAACUCGACGCUCGAAAUUGAUCUGCCUCGUUAUGGAACGAGCUUUAGUCUACAUAAGAAAGAGAGCACCAUCCAUUCCAAGUCGUACAGAGGAAUGGCAAUUGAUCCAGACCAAUCUCUCGGAGCACUUCACGGUCUGAGUAGCAAACUGGUUCUUUUCUCAACAGAUGACCAUCAAAAUGGUCUGGUUUCACGGGCAACAAUGAUUCCAGAGGGGGAGCUCUAUACAUCGCGAGAGCAUGAGGGAUACGGUUCGGCGUGGUUGAGCUCUUCUGAGCCCGGCGGUCAUAACAGUAUUUCUUACCACUACUAUCACAUUGACGAGGGUCUGGGACUGCUUCGGGGAUCUGGAACCCUGAGAAGCGAACUCUGGCUAUGCUAUGUGUAUGCGUUUACUUCUCAUUUUCUCCCUGAUCCGUUGACAGAAUGCACGGGUACGGAAAGCGCGCUACGAAUCCUAAACUCGAAACUUGUCCAAUCUCUCAUCUUGUCUGAACCCCUGAAAAAAGAGGACGAACUGAAGCUUCUCGGAAGAAUCUCGAAAAUCAGCCCAUCUCGGUCACUUUCGUACUUUUCGUCAGGCCGCAUACAGAGCGCUCGUUGGUCGGAUUUCUCGCCUCUCGCGCAGACAGACGCUUUUUAUCAAGACGUACAACUCAGUCUAAAGAAGGUUCACGAUUUCGAAAUUAUUUUCCACGGACGCCGCGAGAAUCAAAAUUCGGUCACGGAUCCGAGCGAUAGACUUCACAGCUGGCAUAGGACUCGACUCUCGCCGUACGAACGGCCCGGAUACGAGGCAAGAUCGCCAUCUACGAUUACCGAAUACGUCUAUAGCAGCCGCCAAUCUUCCAAGACUUUAGAAGCUGAAAGAAACACCUGCAUUCUUGCCAAACUUUUAAAUCCGCUUGCCGGAAGUGAUUGCGAUGUAUACGAGCUGACCAUGUUCUUUGCGGCGCUAGUCUUUGCCAAAAAUGAAGACGACCAAAUCAUCCAGGCCUUGUUACUUUUUGCCAUGUCUCUGCCACCAACUUCUGGGAAUAAGCGGCUGAAGCCGCAAAAGGAAUCCAAGCACCGCCUUUCUGAACCCCAUACUGCCAAACCUGACGUGCUAAACCUGAUUGACAGAACAGUGUUUGACGAAAGGCAAAUCGAAGCUCUUGCGGAAAAGUAUGCUCCGGAUAUAUCUCCUUGGGACUGGUAUGAGUACGAGCGGAGGAGGCAAGAACGAUCCAGAGAUGUUCAAGCGCUCGUUCGUGCCACAAGAGCUCAUUGGGAUACCGGGAGUACCAAGGACCCGAUCUACAAAAUCGAUUCAAGGGGCUUCCUGCUUGCUACAUUCACCAACGAGAUACGGGUGCUACUCCGUUCGUGGCGGCGGAACGAAAAGCAUAUGCAGCACCUCCGAACCGUUAUUGAGGAAGCCGCACCAUUUGAGAUCCUCGGUGCAGAUGACGUUAGAGAUGACCCAAAACGAGAAAUCUUCUGGGAGCCUCCAUCGAACUCCUGCAACGAAAUGUCACUUCAAUAUCUUUUCAAGCGUCUUCCUGCUCCAGACAUAAAAGCGCCCCCGCCUCGUGCCUUCCCAGAAUACUUAAGGCUAGCUUCAUUGGAUAUGAGCGCUGUGGUAAUAGAGCCGGAGAUGAGUGAGCUGCUCAAGGUCCUGAAAUCGCUUCCUGAAACUGGUGAGCAGCGGAAACAGUAUAUCACGGAUCUAGGUAAGAGCCGGGAUGCUCUUGGGACCACGACCGAGAUUCGCUCCUCAAUAGCAGCAUCUGAAGUGUGCAAUCAGUUGCUGAAGGCCCUACAAGCCUUGGAAAUUUAUCUCCAGGAGUGUCGCCAAUCACAUACUAUUGCUGAGCACAUGCGUGUGCGCCAGGGUGGCAAUUCUGUCUUACAACUUAACAUGGGCGAGGGAAAGUCAUCUGUCAUUGUACCAGUCGUCGCUGCCUCGCUCGCAGAGGCCCCGCGGCUCGUCCGGGUCAUUGUCACCAAGGCCCAGUUUCAGCAGAUGCGACACCGCCUCAGUACGAGCCUCGGCCGUUUUCAGCAUCGCCAAGUGUACACUCUCCCAUUCUCGCGCAGAAUCGGCCUCGAUGAGUCUCGCAGUCGGCUUGUCAAGGCCAUGUGCCAGGAGUGCGGAACCAAUGGCGGUAUCUUGCUUAUGCAGCUCGACCACGUCUUGUCACUCAAGCUUCUUGGCCUUGAUAAAAUCAUAUCAGGUAGCCAGGCCACGGGCAAUAUACUGACAAACACCGAGUUUGCCUUUGAGCGCUACGUCCGAGACAUUGUUGACGAGAGCGACGACAUCUUCAACGCUAAGCUUGAGCUGACGUACACAAUGGGGCAGCAAGUAGCCCUCGGGUUUAGUCCACAACGGUGGCGGUUAACCCAAGCCGCUCUAGAGGCUGUCUUUGAAACGCUUCCCGACGUGAAGCGUGAGUUCCCCGAUGGCUUGCUCAUGGAGCCCAGUAGUUAUGUUGGCGGCAUGCCCCGAGUUAGGAUACUGAGGACAACCGCCACACGACGAUUACUCGAAGAGACCACACGCAGAUUGCUGCAAAAGGGCCAAGAAGGAUUGUCCGUGCUGUCUUUGGAUCCAGACCAUCAGGAAGCCAUAAUGCGCUAUAUCAUCGAAUUGUUUCCAAGCCCUGGCGACAUUGAAAUCACUGAGAAGUUGUUCGCAACCGCGACAGAGCGACAGCCACUGCUGGUUCUUAGGGGGCUAAUGGCAAAUGGAGUACUCGAGUUUACUCUACACCGCAAGCGGUGGAGAGUCCACUAUGGUCGUGACUACGAGCGAGAAAACGGAAUACCAGGGCUCGCAGUCCCCUAUUGGGCCAAAGACUCGCCGGUACCAAACGCCGAGUUCAGCCACCCCGAAGUGUACAUCAUCCUAACAUGUUUAAGCUAUUACUACCAAGGCUUGAGUGACGAUGAACUUUUCGAUCUAUUCGAUCACCUGCGCGCCGCGGACAAUGGCGAGGUCGAAUAUGAGCAAUGGACAGUGCUGGACGGCAACCUGCCUAAAGUGCUGUCCGGGGUCAAUACCAAGAACCAAACACAUUGCAAAGAGCAGGUCUUCAGUCGCCUGCGAAACUUCAAGCCUGUGAUUGACUCUUAUCUUUCCAACGUACUCUUUCCGAGGAAGACGGCGGAAUAUCAAAUGAAGCUAUCGGCAUCCGGAUGGGAUCUGGUAGGCGAGCGGAUGCAUCCCAUCAUUGGGUUCAGUGGCACCAACGACUCGAAAGUCUUGCUUCCGUACUCCAUUCAUCAGCAUGAUCUGAAAGAGCAAAAGCAUACGAAUGCCGCGGUGCUAAAUCUCCUCCUACGAGGAGACAACGGCAUACAGACCCUCGGCCAUGAUAGCGCCAGCGAAGAAUCUAACUCGUACACCCAACGUUUGUUGAAGAAAGUCAUAGAGUCAAAGUCUCCAGUACAAGUGAUUAUAGACGUGGGGGCCCAGUUCAUCGAACAUGGAAACUUGGACGUCGCUAGGCUUUGGCUAGCCAUGGACCCUACCGCCACGGCGAAAGCGGUGAUCACGUUUGACGAGAGGGAUGAACUUGUGGUUGUUACGAGAGACACGCCAGUAGAGCUACUUGCGUCGUCGCCUUAUUUUAGUAAUAUGCAUUCCUGCUACGUGUUCCUAGACGAGAUGCACACGCGCGGCACUGAUCUUGUUCUUCCCGAAGAUUAUCGCGCUGCUGUUAUGUUGGGGCCUGAAGUCACUAAGGACAAGCUCGUGCAAGCGUGUAUGAGAAUGAGAAAGCUGGGUAAAGGCCAGACACUUAGCUUCUACGUUCCGGAGGAAGUCGAGCUGACCAUCAGACGAAUAUGCAAUAUCAGCCCGGAAAAUCCGAUCAGAAAGGUGGAUAUGAUUCGCUGGGCAAUCUGGGAAACAUGGCGUGAGUGUGAGAAGCUAAUACCGCUGUGGGCUUCACAAGGAAUCCGGCAUUGGAAACAGCAAACGAUUUGGAAAAUGGCCAAGACGCAGAAGAACCGGCGUAUCGACAUGAGGCUUGAGUGGGCUGAGAGGUAUCUGGAGCCUGAAGCACAGACGCUUGAGCAGUGCUACCGUCCCCGCUCUGAAAACCCAGGUAGUAUAUGGCCUGAUGAGACGUCCGGAAUUCCAGAGAAUGGCGAUCAGAAACUAAAGUUCAUCCGGCAGACAUGCGAGAAGUUCCGCGUCGUGGGUCUGGAAGCGGAACUGCUCAUUGAAGAGUAUGACCGACAGGUCGUACGCGAAGUCCAGCAGGAGCGGCAGGUCGCACGCGAGGUUCAGCAGAUCUCAGAGUUCCAGAAGCCCCCUACUUUAACACCACAUCAGCCAACUGCGGAUCUAGAAGUGGCGAACUUUUUGCGAACGGGAAAGAUCAAGGAGGAUUCAGAAGCCUUCCUUCCAGCAUUUGAAGCUUUCCGUCACAGCUCAGCGGCCCAGCUAAUCGAUCUGAGCGAAUUUCCCAACACACUGCUUGCGACGCGCGACUUCAUCGAAACAGUGGAGCGCGAGGCGAGCGACCACGUCGCGGACCAGCAUUUCCGCCCAGUCCAAUGGGUCGUCAGUCGAGCUAUCGACGGAAAAUCCGGUGACGAUUAUGUGAAUCAGCUUAUUCUGAUAAGUUCCUGGGAAGCAAACAAUUUCCUCGGUUUGCUGCGUGAGACCAACAAGGUUGUCUUUCACCUGUACGCACCCCGAACGAACCUAUCACACCGCUCGCUCUCGGACCUCACCUUGUUUACAAUACCGGCACUGCCACAAGGCUGGACAGUCCCUAGGAGCCUAGUGCUCUUCCUGAAUCUGUUCGCGGGACAGUUGUUUCUCGAUUCACAUGCUGAGUACAUCCAGCUUUACGACUUUUUG